GGGCCUGUGCUGGGGCUGGGGUUGGGCCUGCGGGGGUGUCAGUCGCAUGGCUUUCUGGCAGAAUUGGUACAAUGCCCAGGGUGGGGCUGGGGCAGCCUCUGCCCACUUUCCUGAUGGAAGCUUCCUGUUUGCUCCUGACCAGGAAGAGUCACUGGCCCAGUUCAUAGACUCGGCUCUGGCAGAUAGCUCCGCUCUGGCAGAGGAAGCUCUGGAUUCGGCUGUUUUGCUUGGGAACUUGCGAGGGAAUGUGGUCGGAUUGAGAUACUACACCGGGGUGGUCAGCAAGAAUGAGAUGGUGGCUCUGCAGCGAGAACCCAGAAACGCACAUGACUCCAACGCAAUCCGCGUGAACAACAUAAACGGGGACCAGGUCGGGCACCUCAGGCGGCAGCUGGCAGCUGCCCUGGCAUUCAUCCUGGACAACAAGCUGGCGAGGAUCGAGGGCUUGGUUCCUUACAAAGUUAAUAACAAGUUCACCAUGCCAGUGCAGUUGUCCUUCUGGGCACCCGAGGCUCAGCGAGCGGCAGUGCUAAGCCACCUACAGCAACACGGCCUGAACCUGGCUCCUCCCACACAAGAUGGUGGAGGUGCAGGAGUGUGGAGAGCACGAGCGGGGCCCAGCUACAGGGCCCCUAGCCACCAGCCUGUACACAUGACCGCUGAGCAGCUCAAGAGUGAAUUUGACAAGAUUUUUGAGGAUAUAAAGGAAGACAACAAAACUGCAGAGAUGGAACCAGCUCCGGCUGUGCGCACUGCUCUGCUGCCUCACCAGAAGCAGGCUCUGGCCUGGAUGGUGACUCGGGAGAACAACUGGGAGCUGCCCCCGUUCUGGGAGCUGCGGGGUGGCCUCUACCACAACCUGCUCACCAACUUCACACAGAGCCAGCGGCCGGACAGCGUUCACGGGGGCAUCCUGGCCGAUGACAUGGGCUUGGGAAAAACUCUCUCAACCAUUGCCUUAAUCCUGAGCAACUUCCAUGGCGGGCGGCCACUCCCUGUUGAGCGGAGCACAGAGGAGGGGGCGGAGGUUGUUGACAAGGCUCCUGAGACAUGUAGCGUUGGCGAUUGGAACAUGAGAGCUGGCGAGGACCUGCCCGCGAGUGCCAGAGCCGGUGCUCAUCGGGACAAGGAUUUGGGGAUGACCGUAGCUGGAAGCAGACCUUUGGCAGUGUGUGAAGCUGCCUCGUCCAGUCUGAAAAGCGUAAAACCUGAGCCAGCUCCGUCUACCCACAGGAGCUGCUCCGCGAGGAGCGAGUGGCAGGUCACUGCAGGCAAGCGAGCUCCAGAAGAAAUGAAAAGUGGCUGGAAUAAGAGGAAGAAAGUGAAAUCCACAGGCAGCUCAUGCAAAGGCACAGGAGCGAGCAUCACAGCCCUGCCCCCAACCCACCUGGGGGAGGACACAGCGUUUGCCGCUGCGCUUGGGGGGUUCCCGUCCGUCUCCAAGACACAACCCCAAAAAGUGAGCGGUGGUGCUCAGGCGCUCCCCGAGCCCCCAGCCAGGCCAACCCUCAUCGUGUGCCCGCUCUCCGUGCUCUCUACCUGGAUGGAGCAGUUUGAGCAGCAUAUGGAUCCCGGCGUGCAGCUCCGCAGGUGCCUGUAUUACGGCCAAAAUCGCCCCCGGGACCCUGAUUUCCUGAGCCAGCAGCACGUGGUGCUGACCACCUACACCACGCUGACCACGGAGCACGGGGGAGAGGGAGUAAGCCCACUGCAGGCUGUGCUCUGGCUGCGAGUGGUGCUGGACGAGGGACACACAAUCCGCAACCCCAACACCCGGCAGACAAGAGCCGCACUUGCUCUGAAAGCCCAGCGGCGCUGGCUCCUUACAGGAACUCCCAUCCAAAAUUCCCUGCAGGAUCUCUGGUCUCUUGUCUCCUUCCUGAAGCUGAAGCCGUUUACUGAGCGGCAAUGGUGGCAUCGCACAAUCCAACGGCCGGUCUCACUGGGCGACGAACAAGGUCUCCGGCGGUUGCAGGGGUUGCUGAGGAACAUAACGCUGAGGAGGACCAAGAACAGCCAGGUGAGAGGGCGGCCGGUGGUGACGUUACCUCGUCGCACCCUCUGCCUCCAGCACAUCUCCCUGUGUGAGGAGGAGAGGCAGAUUUAUCAAGCCAUCAUGGACGAAGGCAGGAGCACCAUAAGCAGGUACUUGCGUGAAGACUCGAUGAUGACACACUACGCGCACGUGUUCGCCAUCCUGGUCAGGCUGCGACAGCUGUGCUGUCACCCUCACCUCACUGCCAGGACUCCUCCAGCCGGGGCUACCACAGCAGCUGACGGAACCCCAGAGGAACUGCGGGCGAAGCUGGUGAGGAAGAUGAAGAUGGUGCUGAGUUGUGGUGUAGACGAGGAGUGUGCCAUCUGCCUGGACUCGCUGCGGCUGCCAGUCAUCACGCACUGCGCACAUGUCUUCUGCCGACUCUGCAUCUGUCAGGUUAUUCAGCAGACGAACGCCCGGUGCCCCAUGUGUAGGGCUGAGGUGCGGGCGGGGCAGCUGGUGGAGUGUUCUCCGGGGGAGACGGACUCAACGCCGGCGGAGAGCACCAGGCCAGCCUGGGUCUCCAGCUCAAAGGUGGACGCCCUGAUGCUCUCUCUGAUUGAGAUUCGGAGACAGGAUCCCAACAUCAAGAGUUUAGUGGUGUCUCAGUUCACAGCCUUCCUCUCGCUCAUCGAGAUCCCUCUGCGAGCUGAAGGCUUCUCGUUCGUGCGGUUUGACGGCUCCAUGUCCCGGAGCAGACGAGCGAAGACUGUGAGCUCCUUCCAGAGCUGCUCCCCGGCCUCCCCAACCAUCCUCCUCCUCUCCUUGCGAGCCGGGGGUGAGGGCCUCACCCUGACUGCAGCCUCCCGUGUCUUCCUCAUGGAUCCCGCCUGGAAUCCCGCAGCUGAAGAUCAGUGUUUCGACAGAUGCCAUCGACUAGGCCAGACACGAGACGUGAUCAUCACCAAGUUCAUCGUGAAGGACUCAGUGGAGGAGAACAUGAUUAAGAUCCAGCACAGGAAACGGGACCUGGCCAUCGGGGCCUUUGCAGCCAAAAGCCACAGUGAGGUGACCAAGGCUCGUGUGGAUGAGAUCCGAACUCUCAUCGACCUGUGACUGACUGCCUUCCCUGCCCAUUCAGCUCGCCCCCACCCUACCUCCCAAGUGGGAAGAGUCCCUUUUUAUCAGUACUUGGGUUUUCAAACAAUUUGUGAACAAAAUACUGUAUUAAAGUAUAAUUUCAUACAAAA